AUGUCAGAUACGGAGAAAACAAAGGCUAAAAUGAGCGAGGAUAGAAAGAAAUCUACGGAGAAAAAGAUCAGAGAGGAAGAAAGUGAAAGCAACAGGGAUAGUUUCGCUUCGAUGGAGGCAGAGCUGGUAUUGGAAGAGCAGAUUUCGGGAGCUGAGGUGGAACGCACUGAAACGGAGUCACAACCAAUGGGGAUUUCGAAGGAGAAACCAAAGCGGCGAAAGUUCAGUGGAAUUUUUAAGAAAGUUGAAGGGAAGAAAGAAAAGACGGAAGAAAAUAGCAAGAGAAAUAGCAGUGUUUCGCAGGACGGAGCUGUAGUUUUUUCUGGAGAAGAGUUAUCAGACGAACAAAUAACAGAGGAAACAGAGCAUAUUGAAGAAAACCUAAAAACUGCGGAGAAAACCCAAAAGCGGCGGUCAUUCAGAAUGUUCAAGAAAAAGGAUAAAGAAAUAAAAGAGAUAGAUAAUUGCGUCACGGAGAAAAAGAACAAAGAAAUGGCACGGAAUGAUCAACAGGAAACAACCGUCGAAACAGGAAUGAGAGGAGAUAACGUUAAAAAUGAGGAGAUUGCUGAAGAUAUCAUUGCGAAGUUUUCAGAAGGGAACCAGGUAGAGGAGAAAGUAAAAAAGCGGCGUUCGUUUGGAAUUUUCAAGAACAAAGACAAAGAAAAGGAUAAGGAGAAAGCAGGAAGCGUGAUUUCACUGAAUGCAGCAGACGAAGAGAGAACAAAAGAGGGAACGGAGACAGCAGAGGCUGCUGACGAAAUCCUUGUUGAGAAAACACAAGUCAAAGAAAAGAAACAGCAGAAGCGAAAGUUUAGUUUCUCAAAUAAGAAAAAAAACAAAGAAAAAGAGAUGGAUGUUUCCGAAUCGGAGGAAAAAGGCGAAGAAAUGGCACCGGGAAUGUUUAACGAAGAGGGAAUAAAAGAUGAGGACUUUGAGGAAGAUGAGGUUAAGAAACAUUCCCGUACGGAGUAUUCAGAAAAGAACCAGCGAAAAGGCAUGUUUAGUUUCUCAAAGAAGAAAAAAUCUAAAGUAAACGAAAAAGAUGAUUCCGGUUCGGAGGGAAAAGGCGAAGAACUGGAUUCGGAGGGAAAAGGCGAAGAACUGGUGCAUGAAAAUCCGGGUCAACAGGAAACCGUGGAAACAGUUGGAGAGGAAAUAAAAGAAGUGGACUUUGAGAAAGAGGAGAUUGCUGAAAAUUCAUCUGCGGACGUUACAGAAAAGAAACAGCGAAAGUUUAGAUUUUCAAAGAAGAAAAUUCAAAAGGUGCAAGAGUUAGACAAUUCUGUUGCGGAGGCAAAGGAUAAGGAAAAGCCAGUCAAUGGUUUCAAGGAAAAAGAGACAGGAUGUCAAGUCGGGAGCCAAUCAGAAGAAGAGGACCCCGUGGUAGCAAAGUCUGAGGAUGAAGUAAAAGAGGAGGCGACGGAAGAGAAGAGAACAGAGUCCGAAGAGGCACCGAAAAGAAAGAAAUCACUCAAGCGCAGACUCAGCUUCUCAAGAAAAAAUAAAGCAAAGAAAACAGAGGAGAAACAAGAUGAAGAAGGAGAAGCCAGGGAGGGAACAAUGGAUGACAACGAAGUGUCUCAAAAACCAGAACUUGUGAACCAAUCAGAAGCCGAGUCACGAGAGGCUGGCGGCACAUGCGCAGAAGGUGACGAGAAAACAGCUAACGAACUUGCUUUGGCAGACAGCGACACGAACGAUACAUCCGACACGGAACAGACGGAGAGCGAAGAGGAAAGUGGAUAUUUCAGGUUAGGCAUAAUUUACAGUAUAUUUGAGGCAAUUUUCAGACAGAAAGAUAAAAUGCCGGAAAUGUCUGUAACAAAGUCACGCGAGCUCGUGAUUUAUACAGUUAACCAGGGGUACAUCAGGAUAACGGAUGCGUCCGGCUCGAUUUUCACUCAGGCAAGCCAGGCACCACGCAGGGCUGUCAUGUAUCUACUUCAAUUACUUGUCAAGAAAUAUCCACAUGCUUUUAAAAACCUAAAAAAGCGCAAAUCUAAGAAAAGCAAGGGAACGUCCGACGUUGCCAAAAACCCAGUAGCGGAAACGGACAUAUUUUAA